UUCAUUACUCAGCCUUUUGUCCAUGGCGUUUUAGGUGGAGGUUACGGUGGUGGCUACGGUGGCGGAUAUGGAGCUCCUCCUCCUUAUGGUGGGCCAGGCUACGAUGUCGCGCAAAGUCCGCUGGAUGCUGAAGUUCAGGUUGUGAUACGAGAAAUCCACAAUGAGAUUGGUAUGUUCGACGCUUCAGGGGAAUAUGGUGAACAGUUCAAGAAUGCUCGCCGGCUUUUGGCAGCAGAAGCCGAUAAGUUGGAAAACAACAUUGAUCCUGAAUGGCUCGAAGUGGAUAUUCCGAAACCAAUCAAGGUCACCAAAAAAGUUCUGAUUCCAAACUUCCGUCAUCCUAGGUUCAAUUUUGUUGGAAAAAUUCUUGGACCAAAGGGUGCAUCACUGCAAGCUAUGGCUAAGCAACAUAAGUGCCACAUUUAUGUGUUGGGUCGCGGUUCCACAAAGGACAGAAAUAAGGAACAAGAGCUUCUUAAUUCUGGUGAUCCACAGUAUGCCCACUACGGUGGUCCACUUCAUGUUAAGGUCGAGACCAUUGCUCCUGCUCACAUUGCUUAUCAGAGGGUUGCUGGAGUACUAGAGGAAUUAAAUCGUAUUCUGCAACCGGUUCGUGAAGACACCACUCCUGGUCACCUUAAGGAAAGUGAAAACGGCAAUGGUGGUCCUUCAGAAGGUGGCGAAGGCAAGGAAGGCGGUGUGUUUUACAUUAUGCAUAGUGCAUUCACACACCAAGCAAUUUUUGCCAUUAGCUUAAUGUUCGCAAGCUCAGAAGGUGAUAAGCAGCAAAAUUCGUUUGCUGGGGGACGUGGUGGAUUUGCUGAUCGUGGUCGUGGAGGUCGUGGUGGCAUUCGCGGUGGAUUUCGCGGACGCGGAGGGCCUGCAGGAAGACCAAGAGGGUGA